UGUUAGGUACAGACCAUAAGAAAUCCUGGGACAAUACAAGCACAUGGCUGCUGAGGAGCCUCAUUCUGACACAGAUCAUGAGGUUAAAGAACCAGUUGAGGACACGGAGCCCAGCACACUAUUGUUUGAGACAACAGACAAGUAUCCAGUACAAGAUACGGCACUUCCUAAAGAUGAUGACACAUGCUCAAGAAACGAUGUCGUGGUGGAAGAAGCUGACUCUUCUUUAGCGCCAAUACCAGAUUCGGACAGAAUAAAACAGCCAGAAGAAAAUGACUGGCCUGUGACUUCUAUACAUGCUCUAUCUGAUUUGACCAAUUCCUAUAAAGAAACCAGUGAUAUACGCAACUCCAUCCCAACAAUCAGCGACUUGUUGAAUGAUGAGGAUCUUCUGUAUACCCUGAAGAUAAAACUGGAUCCUUGCCAUCCCACUAUUAAGAACUGGAGGAACCUUGCAAGCAAAUGGGGUAUGAAUUAUGACGAGCUUUGCUUUCUGGAGCAAAAGUCUGGAGCACAGAGUCCUACUAUUGGCUUCUUGCUUCGGAACAGUGAAAGGACUGUGGAGCAGCUGAUAGACCUGUGUAAACUGUACAAGAGGGUCGAUGUUCAGAGGGUGUUGCUAAAAUGGGUCAAUGUUGAUUGGCCAAUGAGGGUGCAUAAAAUUUACAGAAACAGUGUGUGAUA